UUGAUACUCAGUCUAUUCCACUCAAUUCACCAAAGAUGGAUUAUCAAGUAGACACUCCUCCUCUUGAAGCAGACUACGUGAUCGUCGGAGGGGGAACCUCCGGUCUUGUUCUUGCUGCUCGACUGUCUGAGGGAGACUCGGCCCGCUCAGUCAUCGUCUUGGAGGCAGGGAAGAAUUUAGUCAACUAUCCCCGAGCUCAGACUCCUGCCCUCUGGACCAUACUGAUGGGGUCAGAAGCAGAGUGGCAAUAUCAGUCCACGCCUCAGCUCUCGGUGAUUGAGUCACCAAAGAGCCGCAUGGCAAGCUAA